GCAAACACUGAUGUGAUAUUUCCUCUCUGCCGACGGUCCCCAGUGCUGCACCAGUGCAAUGCUAAGGCUGCAACAUUAGCAAGCUAAUUUUUCCCCAUUUUCACAACCCUACCGUAUUUCUUUUCACUCUUCCUUUUUUCCCCCUUUUCUUGAGCAAACUGCAUCGCUGUUUUGGUCAUGCCUAACAUCGUGCUGUUUAGUGGGAGCUCUCACCACGACUUGUCCCAGAAAGUGGCUGAUCGGCUGGGACUGGAGCUGGGCAAAGUGAUUACGAAGAAAUUCAGCAACCAGGAGACGUGUGUUGAAAUCGGGGAGAGCGUACGCGGCGAGGAUGUGUACAUCGUCCAGAGCGGUUGCGGCGAAAUCAACGACAACCUCAUGGAGCUGCUAAUCAUGAUCAACGCUUGCAAGAUCGCCUCCUCGUCCCGCGUCACCGCCGUCAUCCCUUGCUUCCCCUACGCCCGGCAGGACAAGAAGGACAAGAGUCGAGCACCCAUAUCAGCUAAGCUGGUGGCAAACAUGUUGUCUGUGGCUGGCGCCGAUCACAUCAUCACCAUGGACCUCCACGCCUCACAAAUCCAGGGCUUUUUCGACAUCGCUGUAGACAACCUAUACGCAGAGCCUGCUGUUCUUCAGUGGAUCAGAGAAAACAUUCCAGAGUGGAAAAACGGUAUCAUCGUGUCUCCGGAUGCAGGUGGAGCAAAACGCGUGACGUCCAUUGCAGACCGUCUGAACGUAGACUUUGCUCUCAUCCACAAAGAGAGGAAGAAGGCCAACGAGGUGGACCGCAUGGUGCUGGUUGGUGACGUCAAGGACCGGGUGGCCAUUUUGGUGGAUGACAUGGCCGACACCUGCGGCACCAUUUGCCACGCUGCCGACAAGCUGAUCGAUGCCGGAGCAGUAAAAGUCUACGCCAUCCUCACGCACGGCAUUUUCUCCGGUCCAGCCAUCUCUCGUAUCAACAACGCCCCGUUUGAGGCUGUGGUGGUAACCAACACCAUCCCACAGGAAGAGAAAAUGAAGGCGUGCCCGAAAAUACAGGUCAUCGACAUCUCCAUGAUCCUGGCGGAGGCGAUCAGGAGAACCCACAACGGCGAGUCAGUGUCCUACCUCUUCAGCCACGUACCCUUGUAAAAAAACGAGAGAGGGGGUGGCCCUCUUCCCCCUCCUCUGUCAGGCCUCGUCGGCUGCCACUUUUGGCCACACAUCCUCCAGAAAGGCUGGAAAGGACCGAGUGUUGUUUUUUUUUUUUUUUUGGCCAAACC